AGGAGUCCUCAGAGUCCCUGGAUAGCGGCCCUCUCAACGAGGACACCAUGACUACAGGGCACAACUACACGGCCAAGGCGCGCUCGUGCCUUCGGAGGACGGUCGGCAGGCCCUGGUUCGAGACGCUGAUCGCCCUGAUCAUCCUGGCCAACGCCGUGACCAUCGGCUUCGAGGUGGAGACCCUGCUGGGGAGGGCCCAGUUCUACAAGCCUGCGAAGACGGUGCUUGACAACUUAUUCGCGGUGGUGUUCCUCAUCGAGCUCUGCAUGAGGGUCUCCGUGGUCGGCUGGAGGAGCUACGUCCCGGGCUGCGGCGUGCGGAAGAGCAUCUCCGUAUGGAACCUGCUGGAGGCCGUCGUGGUGCUGGUGUCGUGCAUGUCUGCGUGGCUGCCCGGCCUCGACGCGGCCGGGGAGGCGGUGCUGCAGGUGAUCACCGUCCUGCGCGCGCUGCGCCUGAUGCGCGUGGCGCGCAUCGUCUCGCGGGUGCGCAUCUUCCACGAGGUGUGGCUCCUCCUGAGGGGCCUCGCCGGCUCGAUGCGGGUGCUGUUCUGGACCGUGGUCGUGAUCUUCAUCAUAACCUACAUGUUCGCUGUCUUCGGCGUCGUGCUUAUCAGUCUCGACAUAGAGGACGUCUACCACGAGAUGCUGCGCGAGAAAGAGCAGGCCAUGAACAACUUCACGGGGUACGCCGACUGCAGCGUUGCAGCCAACGACGCCCUCGCUUGGACGGCAUCGAAGCCGGAAUUCGACUAGCGGUCCUCUACGAGAGCACCCGCGGAAUAUGGCAGUGGAUAUUCACCCUGCUGCAGGUGCUCACCCUGGACUCCUGGAUGUCGAUCGCGCGCCCCAUGCAGGACAUCGUGAGCCUCAGCUGGGUCUUCUUCUACCUCUACAUUGCGAUCGUCGUCUUCGUCCUCAUGAAUCUGGUCACUGCCAUUAUUCGACAGGCUGUGGUCCCGCGAGGACGAGAAGGAGGUGCGGCAGCAGAAGAAGCGGGAGCAGAAGAAGGCGGAGAAGCGGUGCAGGAGGCUGUUCGAAGAGAUCGAUGAGGAUGGCGACGAGGUCCUCACCGUUGAGGAGCUGAAGAACGCUUGCAGCCACCAGUGGCUUGGAAGGCAGCUCCAGGUGCUCGAUAUCACCAGCGAGAAUGCGGAGGAGGUUUUCAAGAUGAUGGAUACUGGCGACGGGUUCGUCUCUCUCGACGAGUUCUUUGACGGCACGAAGCGCAUGCAGGGCCCUGCGGAGGGAAGGGACAUGGUGCGCACCCUGGCGAUCAUGCAGAAGCUGUCGCGGGGCGUCAGGGCUCACCUGGAGG